AGAAAAUUAUGGCCAGCACCGAAAGCCUGGACGGCAGCGCCUGCGAAGAUGGCGUCGAGGUCUCGGCCGUGCCACAGAAUGUGGGCCAUCUGGGCGAGGUACCCAUUCAGUUCGUCUGCCCCGCCUGUCAUCAGCUGAAUGAGAGUCGUGUGGAAAGUGAGGCGGUAACAAUACUACAGAAAAUUGUCUGCUCUCUGAACGUUCUAUUUUGCUGCAAUCCCAUACGUUGGAAUGGCCGCCACGAUAUCAAUCAUUAUUGCAGCAAGUGUGGCUGCUUUAUUGGUCGCCACAUAUCGCUCAGUUGGUACAAGCGAUCGCUUUUCCGCAUGCAGCGCUCCGAGGUGGAGGACAACGGACGCUGGCUGUGCUUCCGGAAGGUAGAGAAGGAGCAGCUGGAUGCCAAGAAACUGAGCAAACAGCGACAGGCGCUGGAGAAGGCUUAAAUAGAUAUUUGCGUGCUCCAAAAUGAAAAGUUUCACCAUCAACGCCAAAUAAAUAAACAAUGGGGAAAACA